AUGAAGCAUCUUAUCACUGAAUAUUUGUCACUUGACUGCGUCGUUCUGGAUGGCACUGUAGUCACUGCCUCCGACACAGGCCGCUACGAUAUUGGUAUCAAGGAUGGCAAAAUUGCGCUUCUUGCACCUGCGCGGAGCUUGGCGAACGCUCCUGUGAAACGUAUAAUCGAUGCAGAAGGGGCCUAUGUGACGCCUGGAGGAGUAGACGCACACGUCCAUCUAGCGGAACCUGCGCUUUUUGGAAAGGGCAAAAGCUCGGAUGACUUCACCAGCGGCACUCGGUCAGCUGUGGCAGGCGGCACAACCACCAUCAUUGCAUUUGCUCCGCAAUCCAAGGGCGAAGCGUCUCUAAUACCUGCUUUGGAUCGGGGCUUGACGGAUGCAUUGCAGGGCACCUAUUGCGACUAUUCCUUCCAUAUCAUCAUUGCAACCCCUACUCGCGAAGCGCUGGAUGACCUGGUCACCCUGCGCGAACGCGGCGUAACGUCAGUCAAGAUCUACAUGACCUACGAAGCCCUUCAGCUCCGCGACAAUGAGAUCCUCGACGUCCUGCUGCGAGCUCGGACGGAGGGCAUCACCACAAUGAUCCAUGCUGAAAACGGCGACAUGCUUAAAUGGAUGACCGAAAAGCUGGAAGAGCAACAACUCCUCGACCCAAAGUACCACGCUACUUCCCGUCCACCACUCUUGGAAACGGAGGCUACGAACCGUGCAAUCGCUCUAGGCCAGCUGGUCAGCGCACCUAUCCUGAUCGUCCACGUCUCCUCGCCAGCAGCAGCUGAAGUCAUCCGCAAUGCACAAGUCCGCGGACAUCCAGUAUACGCCGAAACAUGCCCUCAAUACGUCUUCCUGACGCGCGAAGCGCUCGAUCAACCCGGGUUUGAGGGCGCAAAAGCCGUGUGCUCGCCUCCCCCGCGGGAUUCUGAGCAAGACCUGGAAGGAAUCUGGUCGCAUCUCAAACAUGGCACCUUCACCAUCCUCUCCUCGGACCACUGUCCCUUCAUGUACGACGAUACCAUCUCGGGAAAAAAGGCCGCUUGUUGUCCAGAGACACCGAACGGCCAUUUCAAGCAUAUCCCGAACGGCUUGCCGGGCGUCGAGACCCGCCUCCCUCUCGUCUUCAGCGCCAACCGUCUCUCCCCGGAACGCUUCGUCGCGCUGACGAGCACGAAUCCGGCCAAGUUGUAUGGCCUGUACCCACGCAAGGGCGCGCUGAUUCCUGGGGUCUCGGAUGCGGAUCUCACGAUCUGGUAUCCGUCCGGCGUGUUGCCGGCAUUCCCCAUAUCUAAUUCUGAACUGCAUCACAAUGUGGACUAUACGCCAUAUGAGGGGAUGCAGGUAUCCCAGUGGCCGCGAUACACGCUCCUCCGUGGUGAAGUUGUCUGGGAUCGCGACCACGGCGGUUUGGUUGGUAGCAAGGGCUAUGGGCGGUUUCUUGAGCGAGGUUGCAGUGCCUUUAACGAGCCGCUGACGAAGUGGGAUGUGUCUCAAUAUUGA